AUGGAAGUUCCACUUGAUGAGGAAGAGAAGCCUUUAUCACCAGAGAAGCCUUCAUCACCAGAGAAGCCCAAAGCAGUCCUGGAGAAGCCCAAGGCCCUAGUCAGGGAGAUGACUAACGAUAUCCUCGUCAAAUCAUGGCGUACGGUUGUUCAAAGCUUUUGUAAAUCAACGACGAUGCAUGGAAUGAGUCGGGUGAUAGAUUCGACCAGAGCAAUCUUCCGUUUAGCAUGGCUUCUCACCGUACUCACCUUCCUGUGUGUCCUCAUGUGGCAGGCGUACCGUCUCGUCGAUGAGUACAGGGGAAACCCGACAACGACAACCAUCCAAAUGGUGACCAAUAACAAGCUCUCCUUCCCCGCCGUCACCGUCUGCAACAUGAACAGGCUACGAAGGUCAAAGCUGGUAGGUACGCGGUUCGAACCUCUCUUGGAUAUAGACCGACAUGUCACUAUUUUGAAUCUUGGGCUGGAUGAUGGUGAAAUUGAAGUGGAUGAUCACGCCGAACCGUCUCCAUCACUAACACCAGCAACCACCACGUCAACGAUUACGACUACAACCGCAUCUCAAGUGACAACAAAAAGUACGAGUGUACCUCCUAAUGACGAAGACUUAGUGUCUUCAACUACCGUUGAAGGUUUGGAAAUGUCGUCGACUAAAGAUACCCCGUUGGUCGUCGACGUUGAUAACCCUGAUGCUCGUCGUCGAAAGCGUAGUGUUAACUGGCAGACGACGAACAAACGUUUAUCAUCACUACGUCAAAUGAACAAUGUCCCUGCUCCCGCCAUUCCAUUGAUUGGUGCUCCAGUGGAGAAUGAUGAUUCAAACUGGGGAUAUCUGCUGCAGUUGUCGGAAUCUGAUGAUUUUCAAGAUUUUAUAGGAUCGGUGAAUCCAUCUAAAGGAGAACUUCGUAAACUAGGUCAUCAAGCAGAAGAGUUUAUUCUACAGUGUUCAUUUAAUCAGCAUUAUUGUGAUUACAGAAAUUUCACGACGACUCACAAUUCACAGUAUGGAAACUGUUUCACCUUCAAUCGGCCGGCUGAAAACAAUUCCGUUUUGCAAACAGGAAAGAUCGGCUCCAGAUUUGGCCUCCACCUGACCCUGUUCACGGACCAAUCAGAAUACAUCGGUCUCCUGUCUCACCAGUCUGGUGUACGCGUUGCUAUCCAUGAGCCUAACGCCCGCCCCUUCCCUGAAGAUGAAGGAAUCACGGCUUCUACAGGCACGCUAACAUCCAUUGGACUACGACUACGGAAUAUAACCAGACUGAGUGGACGUUACAGCGAUUGUCGUAAGAAGAAUCGUGGCGACCCAUCCGAGUUUACUCAUGAUUUUGACUACUCGUUACGAGCCUGUCUGAAUGCGUGCUACCAGGGAAAGCUCCGGUAUGAAUGCGGCUGUGUAAAUGACGUCAUGGGGAACACUACAAUAUGCAGUACGCUGGAUCGAAGACAAGAGGCAUGUCAGCGGAGAGUAGACCAGAUGGCAAUAGAUGACAAGUUGGGCUGCCCAUGCGUCUCACCUUGCAGCGAGAUCGACUAUGAGAGAUUCGCAUCAUUCUCAAAAUGGCCAACGGAGAGCGCUGACGCACAUCUGAAGAAGAAGCUUAACAAGCGAAACCGAAAGGCUGGGAAUAUGACCAUGGACGCAUCGUUUAGAAGAAAAAAUUUGGUUCGUGUAGAAAUCUUCUACGAGAAGUUGAAUUACGAAGCGUACACUCAGAUGCCCAAAUACACGUUUGGCAGUCUACUUGGAGGCAUUGGUGGUAUCAUGGGGUUCUUUGCUGGUAUGUCUCUCAUCACUGUCUUCGAGCUAUGUGGGUUCAUCAUCCAGCUCCUCGGGCUCCUAUGUGGCCGACUGACCACGCCCAUGCCCGAAGAGGCCGCCACGGAGGGGGGUGAACCUGCCCCUCCCCAUCCCGAGUCACGCAUUGGUAGGGUAGGACGUCGGUUCACCAAGGUGUUCAGCCAUCAUCCUCAUGCCCAUGGACAUGGAGGGAGCGCUAGAGCUCGACAAACCGACCUGUGA